AUGGCGCGGCAGGCUCACACCAUGCAAGCUACAUCGACUGCUCCCGCUGUUUCGCAUGCGGAGAUUGUCCAAGCGCUGGACAUGGCCCCUGAGGCUUUUCAAGGAACUCAAAAGCAGAAAAAAGUGCUCGAGGAAGUCCUAGCGUCGCUAGACUGCUCGAAGAAAUUCGACGAGCAAGAUCCUGCCGUGUGGCGCAGGUGUGUGCGAUGGGCUCGUGAAGCUAUGCCCUCCCUGAGUUUGAGAUAUGAAGCCGCCUGGCCAGUUGAGUUGUAUGUGAAAAUCAGCCUCAGCAAGCGCAUUGCAUACAAACGCUACCGCUUCAAAAAGGUAGUGGCACAGUGCAAACAUACA